AUGAUGGUGCCACUCACUGUGGAUGACGGUGCUUAUUCUUUCACCCAUAUUUUAUUAGCCUGUUUUUAUUCAUUUCUUUUCACUCUCUUACGAAGAAAGAAAACAAGCGCUAAUCGCUACUGUGAAAUUCGAAGGCACCAAAAGGACCAACAGCACACACACCGCCCACACACACAUAUUUGUAUGCUCUCACGUGUUGCUGCAGUGAUGGCACCCCGCACACACAACCGUCGCCGCGUGACCGGAUCCAGCGGGAGGAGGAGGGAAGGAAGAGAGAGUGAGCCGGAGAGGCCCAACAUGUCCCGGCGUGUGUUUGCUUCCGCGGUGCUGCUCCUCCUCGUCGUGAUGAUGUGCUGCGGCACUGGUGGAGCUGCAGCCACUGAUAAUGGGACUUCAAGUCUGAGAUCUUUACCGAAAACAUAUUUUUUUUGGAGAGAUAAGAAUGAAGGAGAAACAGUGAGUUCUUUACGUGUUCCAGUUCUUGUUGAGAUGAAUGGUGGCGUGUUUGCCGUUGCCGAGGCGCAGUUGAAGGAUGAAAGCGGUUUUACUGGGAUUGCCUCGGAGCUCCUGGAGUGGACCGAUAAAGAAUCAAAAGAAUUGGAUACAACCAAACUGAAGACACAAGUACUGGAGAAAUUUCAGGUUGAACAAGGGGAGUUUCCUUUCCUAAACGUUACUCAGAAUGCCUCCCAAAACCGGACGAAAGUACGUGUGAGCCGGCCAACAACAGUUGUGAAUGGGAGUGUUAUUUACAUGUUUGCUGGAACCUACAGUUUUGAAGUUACUGAUAAGGCAGCUGAUAACGCAGCUGCAGCAGCUAAAUGGGGACUUUUGGUGGCUGUGGGAAACGUCAGUAAUGAUGGGAGCAGCGGUAAAAAAAAGAUUUAUUGGAAAGACGCUUCCGUUAUCCCGUGGACUGAGUUUGAAAACCAACACAAAUCCUUGACAGGGCUGAUUGGCGGCGGUGGAUCGGGUGUUCAGAUGAAGGACGGUACGUUUGUGUUCCCGAUGGAAGGGACGAAGGAUGGAAAGGUCGUUUCGCUGAUCAUAUACUCCUCAGACAAUGCGAGUGGGAAUCUGUCGAAGGGGAUGUCUGCCGAUGGCUGCAGUGAUCCCUCCGUCGUGGAGUGGAAGGGAAAACUCAUGAUGAUGACUGCGUGCGAUGAUGGCCGCCGCAGGGUGUACGAGUCCGGUGACAAGGGGGAGUCGUGGACGGAGGCCCUCGGGACACUCUCGCGCGUGUGGGGCAACAACCAAAAGCGACAUGAGAAGGGCGUUGGAAGCGGUUUCAGCACAGCGACGAUUGAGAACAGGGACGUGAUGCUCGUUACUCUGCCGGUGUAUUCAAACAGAAAGGGAAAAGAAAAGCGUGAACUUCAUCUUUGGCUGACGGACAAUACGCACAUUGUUGAUAUUGGGCCGGUGUCCGGUGAUGAUGACGCUGCCGCCAGCUCCCUGCUGUACAAAAGUGCUGGAGGUGGAAAUAAUACUAAUGAGAGGUUGAUUGCACUGUACGAGAAGAAGGGCGAUGGGAACUCAUCACUCGGCAUGGUCUCUGUGCGUCUGACUGCGCAGCUGAAGCGGGUGAGGGAGGUGCUGGCGACCUGGAAGGAAGUGGACGGCCGUGUCUCCAAGCUGUGCCCUUCAACUGCUGCGAAGAAUCCUUCAACUGGCAGUGGCUGCAGCGCUGUUAAGACCACGGAUGGGCUGGUUGGCUUUUUUUCCGGCAACUUCUCUGAUAACACAUGGAGGGACGAGUACCUCGGGGUGAACGCCACAGUAAAGAAAGGAACGAAUGGGGUGGCAACAGGGUAUGCGGAUGGAGUGACGUUCCAUGGAGCGUGGGCGGAGUGGCCUGUUGGCGCGCAGGGGGAGAAUCAGCUGUACCACUUUGCGAACCACAACUUCACUCUUGUGGCGACGUUGUCCGUCCACGGUGAACCGAAGGGAGAUACCCCCAUUCCAUUGAUGGGUGCGACGAUGAAUGACAACAAGAAGACUGUGCUCCUGGGACUGUCGCACGACAAAGAGGGGAAGUGGCAGUUGCUGUGCGGUGGCAAAACGACCAAGGAGCUCCGCAGUAAUUGGGAGCCAGAGACAACACACCAAGUGGCCAUUGUGCUACGGAACGGCACCCAGGGCUCCGCGUACGUCGAUGGUCAGCGUGUGGGAGAUGCGUCAUGUGAAUUGAACAACACGGAUUCGAAAGGAAUCUCCCACUUCUACAUUGGAGGGGAUGGAGGCAGCGCAGGGAGCAAGGAAGACGUGCCUGUGACCGCGACGAAUGUCCUGCUGUACAAACGCCCGUUGGAUGACAAUGAGAUCCGCGUCCUCAACGCAAACAAAAUUUCUAUUCCAAAGCUGACAGAUCUGAAAACAGUGGCGGCAGGAGCAACGGGUGUCGGUGCCGCUCGCCACUUUGGGGCAAAUGGUGAUGGCAGCGCUGUUUGCGGAGGCGGACUGCUGCCGCUGCUCCUUCUGCUGGGACUGUGGGGGAUUGCCGCUUCUUGA